UCUGUUUUUUUAAGUGCGCAUUACGUUAUGUCGGUGUGAAGCUGCUGCACAGUGAGGAGGCCGGAGAGGACGCAGAGACAGGGGCAUUAACGCAGUGGGGAAUAAUCUGAUCAGACCUGAGCGCGGAGUCGGACACCGUCCACCGGGCAGAAGACAUGACGCUGAGGACCAGAGGAGUGUGGACCUCUCAACCCGCCUGCUGUAUUAACCGCGGAAACCCCGCCGUGUCACAGUAGACUGCUUAUUACCGGCAAAAUAAAGCGCGCUUAUUAGGAUUAAAGAAGCAUCGCGCAGGUCGAGGAUGCCGGAUUGCGUCAGUGUCGGUGGACGUUACUGCAGGUGCGGUGUGAUGGCGCAUGUGCCCGGAGCUGAUCAGCGCGCAUUUUGACUAUUUUAACGGGACACCGGCGAUGGAGGCGGCACUGACGCCGGAGCUGAGGGACUUUCGCGGGGACACGGAGCCCGCCGCAGCGCGAGGAGGAGGCGCGAGCGAGCCGGACUGCCGGAGCUCGGCCAGGCGCAGGUUCAUCCGCACCAACCUGUGGUUCUCGGAGUCGGAGGAUCACGGACUGGAGACGCCGGAAUGCGGCGACAUCAUCAGCACCGGGAUCAGCCGUCCGGUCGGCAACGCGCGCAGAAACCGGUACCGAAAAAGCUCGAGCGCGGGGAGUCCAGUGCGCACCGAGAGCUGCACCGACCCACCGGAACGGAACGGAGAGGCCGAGCAGAAACAAGACCCCGCGGCAGAGAGCGCUGGUGGGAAGCACGAGCACGGGCACGCGGAGGAGGAGGAGGAUGAGGAGGAGGAAGCCGGGAUGACGGCGGUCAGCACUUCACCCAGCGGCCGCUUCCUCAAGUUCGACGUGGAGCUCGGCAGAGGCUCGUUUAAGACCGUCUACAAGGGCCUGGACACCGAGACAUGGGUGGAGGUGGCCUGGUGUGAACUGCAGGACCGCAAGCUGUCGAAAGUGGACCGUCAGAGGUUUAAGGAGGAGGCGGAGAUGCUGAAGGGUCUUCAGCACCCCAACAUCGUCCGCUUCUACGACUUUUGGGAGUCUCCCGUCAAAGGAAAGAAGUGCAUUGUCUUGGUUACGGAACUAAUGACGUCAGGCACGUUAAAAACGUACCUGAAGCGAUUUAAGGUGAUGAAGCCAAAGGUGCUGCGCAGUUGGUGCAGGCAGAUCCUUAAAGGUCUUCACUUUCUGCACACACGCACACCUCCCAUCAUCCACCGAGACCUAAAGUGCGACAACAUCUUUAUCACUGGCCCCACAGGCUCGGUUAAGAUCGGGGACCUGGGUCUGGCUACACUCAAGAGGGCGUCCUUCGCCACAAGCGUCAUUGGCACUCCUGAGUUCAUGGCUCCCGAGAUGUAUGAAGAACACUACAAUGAGGCUGUAGAUGUCUAUGCGUUUGGAAUGUGCAUGCUGGAGAUGGCCACAUCCGAGUAUCCAUACUCCGAGUGCCAGAACGCUGCGCAGAUCUACCGCAAAGUCACCAGUGGUGUCAAGCCAGCCAGUUACACUAAGGUCGUUGUCCCCGAGAUUAAGGAGAUCAUAGGGGAGUGCAUCUGCUAUCACUCAGGAGAAAGAUACUCCAUUAAGGAUCUGCUGAAUCAUGCCUUCUUUGCAGAGGACACUGGUGUCAGGGUAGAACUUGCUGAGGAAGAUGAUGGCAAGAAAACAUCAAUCGCGCUGAGGCUUUGGGUGGAGGACCCGAAGAAGUUGAAAGGGAAGUACAAAGACAGCGGUGCGAUCGAGUUCACCUUUGACCUCAACAAGGAGGUACCGGAGGCAGUUGCACAAGAAAUGGUUGACUCUGGAUUGUUCCUGGAUAGUGACAUGAAGAUUGUUGGCAGGUCAAUCAGGGACCGUGUUGCUCUCAUAAAAUGGCGUAGGGAGCGGACCAUCUCCAGGGACAAGAGUGAGACUGAAAAGAAGAUCACUGAGGACCAUGCACAGAAUGUGCCUCGGGAUCCCUCUUCUAAGUUGGCACAGAGUGCCAUUCCCAGUGCUCCUGCAGAGCCUGGGGAUCACGACAGUGAGUCAGUCAACCUCUCUAGUGGCCCGACCAGUUCAACUACAUCAGACAGCAUUGCCGGCCCUGCAGCAAUCUCGGAUGGUUUGAAUAACCAGCACAGCGUAAUUUACCAGUCACUGUCAGAGCCCACCACCACCUCGCAGAAAGUCCUCAGUCCACCAGCACAGCUCCUUACUCAGUUACAUCAUGUGACCCAAUCACAGCUAACAACUCAGCUUCAACAGGAGGUCCAAAACCAGAUCGCUGCUCAGCUGCACUCAGGAGCACAACCGGUGGCCCAGUUUAAGCAAGAGAUCAUACAGCAAUUUGUGGAGCCACAGAAUUCAACUGUCCAGUUGCAACAAGUGGCCCAGCAACAGCACAUUGCCCAGUUACAACAAGAGGCCCAGCAGCAACCUGCUAUACAUCCCCACCAUGGAGCUCAGCAACAGCAACCUGCUGCCCAGCUACUCCAGGGGAUCCAGCCACAAUGCAUGCAGCAAAACCCCACUGUGCAGCAGCAUCAUGUGGUUCAUCAGCAACCUUCAGUACAGUGCCAACAGGAGGCCCAACAACAGGCUGUAGCGCAGUUAUAUCAUGUACCUUAUCAGCAAUCAUCUACUUCAAUACACCAAGGAGCCUUUCUGCAGACCUCUGUACAGCUUAACCAGAGUUUGUACCAGCAGUCUUCCCCACCCACUGCUAAAUUGCCUCAAACUAUAUCGGCUCCAGCAACCCCAGCAGCGACUGCACCACAAGGACAGGAGUUUCACCUCUAUCUCCAUUCUGCAGCUUUCCUGUCCCAGACAUUAGCAAAUCUUCAACCGGUUGUGGAAACAACUUCUGAUGGACAGACACAUCCUCAGCAUCUGCGUCAACCUGCUUCUGCUAUGCUCGGCACUGCACCAUCUUCUCAACCACAGCAAAGUGUUCAUGCUGCACCCUUACUGCAACCGCUGCAGAUAUCCACUAAAUUCUCAUCACCAUACUCCGUCAUGUCAGUGGGCACUCCUGCCAGAAGUGAGGCAGUGACAUUUUCCCCCAUGGCAUAUAGCACCCCCUACCCCAGUAGUGCUCCGCCAGUACCUCCAUCCUACUACUCUCAAAGUCCGGUCCAUGUCCCACUACCAGCCACACAGAACUUGUCCUCCAUUCCCCUAGCUGGUACACCUCAAACCCCUGUAUCUGCUCCUCUGGGAACUAUCCUGGGCAUAACCCUUUCUCCAUCCCUCCUACAAUCACAACAACAGGUGUACCCUUCUGCUCUUCCACCAGAGAGCACUCUUCUUCAACCCCAACUCACCCAGUCAUCUAUACCCCUUUCUCAUACAUUGUUGCAGCCACUGUCCUCCUUUUCUCCACAAGAGCCCUGUAUCUCUGCACCACUUGCACAGACUGAAACUCUGGUACACACACAUACAGAGCCAACUCAGAUCAUUUCUCUUCCACAUAGAGAGGAAUCCAAGCAAGAAUUUCCUGCAGCUACUUGUGCAAGCACCCAGAAGAUUAUUUCAGUGAUGCCUUUGCAACCUGAUGGAACCCAGACAACAGCAACUGCUGGUGAAAGUUGCUCUGAACCCAGCAAUACUCAUCAAAUCCCGGAGACAUCAUUCAAUCCUCCAGUGUCUGACCCAAGCCAUGAGGAUCCAGUCCCCAUGCCACUUCCCAUCCAUACAUGUGACAGUUUAAAUUCAGAUGCAGCAUCAGGUAAAGAAAUGAGCGAUAGCUAUGAUGGCCCCAUCAGCGGAGGGAAAGGUGAUGGGAAACCACGAAAACACCAUCGCAAGUCUGCUCGGACACGCUCACGGCAAGAGAAGACCAGUAAACCCAAACUCAGUAUGCUCAAUGUUUGUGAUACAGGUGAUAAAAUGGUGGAAUGCCAGCUGGAAACCCAUAACCACAAAAUGGUGACAUUCAAGUUUGACCUGGAUGGAGAUGCACCAGAGGAAAUAGCAACGUACAUGGUGGAGAACGGCUUUAUUCUACCAACAGAGAAGGAGAUCUUCAUUGAUCAGCUGAAAGACAUUGUGGACAAGGCUGAGGACAUGUUGAGUGAGGAGAUAGAGGGGGAGAGACCGGGUGCACUAAGGGACACUCCGCUUCAAUGCAGUUCUUCUGGAGGAGUUGGGGAUGAGGUGAGGACAAGUAGUUUGAGAGGACAAAAAGAGGGCACCCCUCAGCCUGUCUAUCAGCAGAAUGUGCUUCAUACCGGUAAGAGAUGGUUCAUUAUCUGCCCCGUGGAUGAGCCGAGUGUGUCCUCAGAGGGCGCUACAGCUACACCCCAUACCAGUGGACUGAGUGAUGGCACGGCACCAAGUCAGGCUGCUGACAGCAGCACAGCACAGCCGGUGGAGCACUGCACUGCACCCGCUUCUACAGAUUCAACAGGCUAUGCCACAGCUCCUCCAUCAGGUGGCAGUGAUGCUCAUGGAUUCAGCCCACUGUCUCUAACCACGAUAGACCCUUUAUCCUUGGUUCCACUUCCUGCCACCCUGCCAGCGCAGUCUGUCAGUGGCCCGAUUACACCAAUCCAAGGUGCCCAGCAUGUGGUGGAUCUUGCCUCUGCUGCAUCCAGAGCCGAUGACGUGCCCUGCUGCCCAUUAGUCAUGCCGUUAGCAUUGGAUGCAGGCGUAGGUGCUCAGCGCACCUCACCAGUGUCCCCUCCACUCAUACAGGACACUCAGGGCAUUGUACUACAGCAGCCGUUUGCAUCUGUGGGUGGUGCCAAGCCGCCUUCGUUGCCCCAGAGCCCUGCCACAUCUCAGCACCACAAUGCCCCCAACGAAUCAGAUGGGGAAGGUCGGGCACGGGUGGGGUUUGUAGACAGCACCAUCAAGACAUUGGACGAGAAAUUGAGAAAUCUGCUAUACCAGGAAUAUGCCCCCAUGCACCCAUCAGGCUCUGUGGCAGAGACGCCAGGGUCAGGAACAGAGUAUGUGCAGUCUCCACCGGGACCGGAGAGUGCAGCAGGUGGAUCAGGUAACAGCACACCCCAAAUCAUCGGAGAUGGGCGCAUCAGAGCAGGGGAGCAACUGCCACAGAUUCCAGAGCGAGUAGACAGUCUGAGCGCACUCAGUGACUCUGCUGUUGCUGUUACAGUGUCAAAGAAGCCAAUAAUGCCUCACUCCACCUCCUGCUCAAGCUCCAGAAGUCGCUAUAAGAUGACACCCGGUGCUCCUGACUUCCUAUCUGGGACGCAGAGGAAGCAGCGGAGUUGGAGCAGUACGGCUUCUCCAGCACACCCUGGUGCCUGUUUUGGGGAACGAGGCAUUAACGCUGAGCCCAAGGCGACCUUUAGUGUAGAGGACACCGACACCACACGCAGGAAACACAGCAGCAGGAACUCAGCUCCACCUGACUUCUGUCUGGACCCGCUUUCCUCCCUCAGCGAGCAUGGUUCCCUGCCACGAGCACGCACAUCCAUCUCAGCAGACGUCCACACUCGCUUUAUGUCUUCGGAUUCUGGGGCCGAGAGCAGCCCAGCCAAAAUGGUGCCCCCGACCCCAUCUCGCUCAGAGAGGAGAGGAAGCGACCUUAUGAGGAGGGCAGUGGCCUUCCUCAGGCGUUCGGGCCGCAGCAGCAGUGUGCAGAGCUCUGAUUCGCCCAGCAGGCAUGGUGGGACAUAUGGUUCAUACAUGAGCAGUGAUAACGAGUCCGAGAUGGAGGAUUUGGACAUUAAAAAUGAACUGCAGAGACUGAGGGAGAAGCACAUGCAGGAGAUUUCAGAGCUACAGGCUCACCAGCGUGGGGAAAUCGAGCUGCUGUAUCGACGGCUGGGCAAAGCACCCCCUUCAGGCCUUAACUUCGCCUCAACAGUGCCCCCACCUGGACGCAGGCGCAGAGCCAGCAAGCACAAACUUCGAGCAAGCAAACUGCUUAGCCCUCUGGUACAGCAGAUAAGAAGCGUCACCAAAACAACCGACAGCAGCAAACCUGCUGAGUCAGCUGUGAGUGCGAACGGCUCUCCAGCCAAAGCCUCGGAGGGUGCUAGCCGGUCUCGCUCGGGGACUGACACUUUGCCCAGCUCUGUAUCAGAACCAGUCCAGACCCAGCAGCCCUGCUCCCUCAAGGCCUCUCUAUCAUCUGAUAAUGUCUGUUCUGGACUGCAGGGAGAGGGAGCGGGAGUGUACAGCCACCCAGGACAGGGCUGGUCUCCUUAUCUCCCAGCAUCUGAGAGGGUCACCUACAAAUCCAGCAGUAAACCACGUGCUAGAUUCCUGAGUGGGCCUGUUUCUCUCUCCAUCUGGACGACGCUGAAACGGCUCUGCCUGGGUAAAGAACGUGGAAACAGGCCUCCAUGUCCUCCUGGAGCAUCUAAUCAUCCUCAGAUGCCUCCAGGUUCAACUCCGCCACCACGCCACCCACCAGUGGGGCUAGCUCAAGCACAAAGCAACAACAGCAACAACAACAAUGACCUGUGCCCGGAGGAGCUGCAAAGGCUGGUGGACACGUGGAACCCCAAACAGCCUUGCUUGUUCACUCACUCCUUUAGGUUGAGAGCACAGCGAGCCACCAGAGGUAGAACCAGGAGUGCUGAAGGGGUGCUUCCAGGCUCAGCAGCUGUGACAUCAGCCUCACUGCUUUCUUUCUCAUGGCCCAGGAUUAAUUCCCAAACCUCUGAGAUGACUGAGCCAUUGCUCCCCCUGCAGGAUGGGUUUUCGGUGAAUGAUGACCAUUUUGGAGACUUCCUAGCUAGUCCAGUGUAUAUUACUCACUGGCCUGCGGUGAGCAUGGCUCUUAAUCAAGGAGGAUUUAUGUUCUCCACUGUGGAUUCAACCUGGACCAGACGGUCCUCCCCACCAGAGCCCUUCAGAUCCCAUGACAGGACUUCCACACCCAUGGCUCCCAUCAUGUAGCCUCAGUUAAAAUUCUCCACAGUAUAAUUAGAGUUUGGUAGCUUAUAUAACUUUAUCAGUAUCUGUAAAAAGCAUGCACAGUCUUACUGUUCCAGCCCCAGUUAAGUGAAUAUCAUUGCUCAUGAUUUUAUAUAUAUAUGUAUAUAUAUAUAUAGCACUGGCAUAUGGCUGAAUCUGAAUCUAUUUCUAAUUUAUUUUUACAUCAAAAUUUGCGCAGAAAAUCUCAUCCACAAAAAUGUAGUAUGAGCAGAGAUAUUCCUGUACACUUACAGUCCAACAUGCCUGUAUACCACACAGACACUCUAUAUAAGCACAUGGAAAUGUAGCCUUGCAGCCCUCUUUAAAGACAGCAGAUACUGUAAAUGUCUAUAUGUUUGUUCGAAUCUAAUCACAUUCAUUGCAUCACUGUGAUGCCUUGAGCCAGACCUGCAGUUACAGUAUUAGUGCUUU